AUGAUAUUCACUGCUUUUUCUGUAACUUUAAAUGAAUGUCCCAUACCUAUAGAGAAUUGCUUAUCAUGCAGAACUGAUAAUCCAUAUGGAUGUGAAAUAUGUGAAGGAGGGUAUUAUGUUAAAGAUGAUAAAUGUUCAAAGUGUAUAGAUAACUGUUUAACUUGCAGGAAUGCUACGACAUGUGACGCAUGUAGUAAUGGCUAUUAUGAAAGUAUAGGUAAAUGUAAUAAAUGUACGCCUGGCUGUACAGAAUGUAGUGAUGCUAACACCUGUUCUGAAUGUAAAACUGGUUUAUAUUUGGAAAAUAACAAAUGCAUGAGAGAAGUGUAUUGUGAUAUUUUUCAAAAAGGAUGUUUGAAAUGCAAACAAGAUUAUACAACAUGUCUUUCAUGUAUAUCUGGUUAUUAUUUAAACAAUAAUUCUUGCAUAAAAUGUGCACCUGACUGUAGAGAAUGUAGUGAUGCUACUACUUGUACUGAAUGUGAUUCUUCUUAUUAUCUUGAAGAAGGUAAAUGCUUAAUACAAGUGGAGUGUAGUCCUUAUGAAAUAGGAUGUUUGGAAUGCAAACAAGAUCAAACAUCAUGUCUUUUAUGCACAUAUGGUUAUUAUUUGGACAAUAAUUCUUGCACGAGAUGUGCACCUGGCUGCACAGAAUGUAGUGGGGCUAACACUUGUUCUGAAUGUAGAACUGGUUAUUAUAUGGAAAAUAAUUUAUGCUUAAAAGAAGCGGAGUGUAGUGCUUAUGAAAUAGGAUGUUUAAAAUGCAAACAAGAUCAAACAUCAUGUCUUUCAUGCACACCUGGUUAUUAUUUAAACGGUAGUACUUGCACAAAAUGUAUACCUGAUUGUACAAAAUGUAAAGAUGCUAUUUGUUAUAAAUGUAAUACUGGUUAUUAUUUGGAAAAUAAUACAUGCAUAAUAGAAGCGGAGUGUAGUGCUUUUGAAAUAGGAUGUUUGAAAUGCAAACAAGAUCAAACCACGUGUGUUUCAUGCACACCUGGUUAUCAUUGGGACAGAGGUACUUGCACAAAAUGUACACCUGGCUGUACAGAAUGUAAUGAUGCUAUUUGUUCUGAAUGCAAAACUGGUUUAUAUUUGGAAAAUAACAAAUGCAUGAGAGAAGUGCUAUGUGAUAUUUUUCAAUUGGGAUGUUUGAAAUGCAAACAAGAUUAUCAAACGUGUCUUUCAUGCAUAUCUGGUUAUUAUUUGGACAAUUAUUCUUGCAUAAAAUGUGCACCUGACUGUAGAGCAUGUAGUGAUGCUACUACUUGUACUGAUUGUUAUAAUGGUUAUUAUCUUGAAGAAGGUAAAUGCUUAGAACAAGUGGAGUGUAGUCCCUAUGAAAUAGGAUGUUUGGAAUGCAAACAAGAUCAAACAACAUGUCUUUUAUGCAAAUAUGGUUAUCAUUGGGACAAUAAUUCUUGCACGAGAUGUGCACCUGGCUGCACAGAAUGUAGUGGGGCUAACACUUGUACUGAAUGUAGAACUGGUUAUUAUCUAAAUGGUAAAACAUGUACUAAAUGUGAUACUAACACCAACUUGAAAUACAUUAAUGGUAACAAAUGUGUUGAUUGUGCAACUGGAAAAAUUAAAACAGAUGGAACUUGUGAUACACCAGAAUACGCAUGUGGAAGUGGAUGUGCUACAUGUAUUAAAUUUGUUGAAAGUAAAACAGUAAAAUGCAUUAAAUGCACUGCAACAACUGAUUACAUCAAUCUUGAUGGAACAUGUUCAAAAACUUGCAAAACUGGUAAAGCUGAUAAAGAUAAAAUGAUGUGUGAAAAAUGCACUAUUAAUGGGUGUGAAACUUGUCAAACAGUUGGAAACGCUGAACAAUGCACCAAUUGUGGAACCAAAUACAUUUCUACCAACAAACUUUCGUGUGUUGAUAAAUGCACCACUGGUAAACCAGUUGAGACUCCAAUUAAAAAGUGUGACGCUUGUCAAACUGAGAAUUGUGAUGUUUUUGAUAAAGACGACAAGGGCACUCAAUGCAAGACCAAUUUCUAUCUUGUGGCUGACACUUCGAAAUGUGUUGAUAAGUGUCCAGAAGGCUAUAUGACAGAUGAAACAAAUAAUAAAUGCAUUAAAUGUACCGUUGAAGGUUGCGCAACUUGUGAAAAGUUAAAUACAUGCACUGCAUGUAUGGCUGAAUACAAGUUGGAGGGAGGAAAAUGCAAUGGAGCUAAUGCCGUUUUCGCAAUUAUGGCUUUAGUUGUUAUGGCAUUCUUAUUCUAA